UUAAGCAACACUAUCAACAUAUGGCUUCUAAUUUCCGAGCAUUCUUGAACAGUCCUGUUGGUCCAAAAACAACACAUUUCUGGGGACCUAUUGCCAAUUGGGGAUUUGUUGCUGCCGGUUUGAUAGACAUGAAAAAACCUCCAGAAAUGAUCUCUGGCAACAUGACAGCAGUUAUGUGCGUCUAUUCAGCAUUGUUCAUGAGAUUUGCAUGGAUGGUUCAACCGCGAAACUAUCUGCUUCUUGCUUGCCAUGCAUCCAACGAGGCCGUACAAAUACGCCAACUCACCCGUUGGGCAAAGGGGAAUGGGUACCUUUCUGUGAAGAAGGAAGGAGCUUCGUCCAAGUAA